GAUGGGGGCUUUAUAUGCAAUCAUGAUAAUCAGCUCAAGGAAGGAUUUUCAAAUCAUUUUGAUUGCAUUAUGUAUUUAUUGUAUUUAGGUAUUUUAGGUCACUUCUUGUUACUAUGGGCAACGUAACUCCGGUUCAUAAAACUGUAAACAAAAAUUAAGACAAUUUCUGGUAAAAUGAGUGACUUUUUUAUUUUAACAAAAAAAUUAUUUGAAUUUUCUUCUCAAGAAUUUAAUUUGCUGAUCAAGGAAUGUUUCUAGCAAACGGAACGAGUUUAUUACCAUUGUGGUGAGUCUAAUAAGCUGUCACCUAUUAACUCGAACUAUUAAUUUUCUUUUUAUCCUUUCAGACUUUUGCCUGGAAUUUUUCUGUUUCUUGAUUAUGGCAUUUAAUUCUAAUGAGCAGCCAUCCUGACAAUACUCGCUGAUUGAUUCAAUUUUCAAAAAAUAAGUUAAACAAUUCAAAUAUAAAAUGCCAAUGGAAACAAGUCAGGAAUCAAACUUAGUCGAAGAAAAAGAUUGUGUCAGAUUAUUCAAUAAUCUUGCUUUUCUUUGUGAUGACAAGAUAAAACCAGUUGAAAGAAUUGAAGAAAUCAAUUAUGAGAUCAUCGAGAAAAUAUUUCUCUCAAUACUCAAGCAAAGGGCGAUUGUUUCCAUCUCGAGACCUGAAUCAAUGACCGAUAAGGAAAAAUUUGCUAAUUUAGUUAAAUUUUUGUCUUGUGAUAUUCUUAAUGUUCCAAUAGAUCAUAUUCAACCCGAAGACUUAGUUUCAUCAGAUCCAACCAGUAUUUACAAUUUACUCGAGAUACUCGCCGCAUGUGAAAUAUACUUACCCAAUAAUGAAGAAUCGGAAAAUUUAACAGAAGAAGCUAAUAAAAUCCCAUCUUCAGAAUUUGCUGCUCUAUCAAUAUCGCUUCCUCCACCAUCGCCUUCGCCUUCAUCAUCACCUUCAUCUUCACUCCACUCUAAACCUUGGUCAUCACCAACGUAUUCAAGUUCAUCCAUCAACUCGUUUUCCUCGUCAACAUUAUCGCUAUCAUAUGAUAUUGAUUCAUCAACUUCAAGUUUACCAGCCCAAUCAAUACCUAAGUCACCAAGUCCACAAUCGUUGAAAAAUUUCCCAGAACAAUCCACUUAUUCUUCUCGAAAAUCUUCUAAAUCUAUUCUCCUAUCAAGCCCUGACUCUGCGUGUGUUUGCUCUAAAUUACGUGAUAUUGGCAUCAACACUGAUCCAGUCUCAGAAUCAGUUUCAAAUUCAAGCUCUUUAAGUGAAGAAUCAUCACCAUUAUCGACGCCAUAUUGUUCAAAGGCACCUGAAACAGUGGACAAGAUGGACAAAUGGACUAUUACAGAACCAUAUUAUCCCGAAAACAAACCCCAAGAUAAUGUUAUCAACCAAUGCCAUCAAAAAUUUGCAAGUUAUGAAGAGCUGGCUGCCCACAGAUUUGCUCUUGAAAUUGGACACAAAAUACAAAGGGCUUUAAAAUUGGAAGAGUCUACUAAACAUAUCGAAGCUAAACUUGCCGCGAUUACGGGGGAACUCAAAGUGAAUACAUCUAAUAAACAAAAGCCGAUCAACAGAAGAAAAGGUUUCACACCAUCAGUAGGAAAGCCCAGAAUAAUGAAUAGAAAAGUAACAGCGAAGCAAAUUAACUCAGUUUCAAUGAGAUCAAAUAUCUACACCAGGCCUUUGGUUUCCAAAGAGCUAACUCACACUCAAACCAAACUGUCUCAACGAAUCAGACCAAAAGCAUAUUCCAAAUUGAGAAUGACUGAGAAUGGGAAAUUUUUGUUUGAUGAAUGGCGACAACAGGAAUCUGCUUUGGUUGAUAUUCAUUAUAAAAUAAAGUCUUCCGUUUCAUUGGAUCCAAACACUCAGAAAAUCAAGCAAAUUCAAGAUAGAGCAAUGGUUAGGGAAGCUCGGACUGAAAGAGCUCGUGUACAUAAAUUGACCACGGAUCUAGAAAGGCGAACUUGUUCAAAAUAUUUAGCAGCACAAUCCAAGGAAGAAAAUUUAAUCAAGUCUCAAGCCCAGGAAAGAUUGAAAGACUUUCGAGAAGACUUAAUUGCUUACAAGAAAAUGAUAAAAACUCAAAUGGAAAAGGAAGAAGUGAAAAGAAAACGGUUGCUGGAUGCUUUUCAAACUUAUUAUCAGCAACAAUUAUCACUAAUUAAAGAGAAGAUUGACCAAGAAGAGAAAAAUUUAAUUCAAAGAUCAAAGCAUCACAACGUUAUUUAUGAUAAAUUGCGUCGAGAAUUGAAGUCUAAUCUGGAAAAAGAGAUCGGCAGAGUAAUUUCAUCAUGAGAUGCAAAGUCUUUUGAUAUGUGAUUU